AUGACAAUUAGUCUGGGUACAGCGAUCUAUUAUUCCAUCAAGCCAGUGCUUAAAAUAUAUGCUAUUAUAUUUGUCGGGUUUUUAGCCGCAAGGUUUAACAUCCUUACAGUGGAGGUGGGGCGUGGUAUAUCUAACUUAGUUGUGAACGUUUUAAUUCCAUGUUUGCUUUUUAAUAAAAUUGUGACAAACAUUUCCCACAAGGACAUUAAAGAUGUAGGUAUUGUUGUUCUAACUUCUCUUUUAAUUUACGCUUUGGGGUGUUGUUCUGCGCUUAUAACGCAGUUGCUAACACCAGUACCAAAGAGAUGGUUCUGGGGACUUCUAUUUGCGGGUACGUUUGCUAAUAUAUCUGACUUACCGAUUGGGUUUGUUCAAAGUCUAGCAAAUGGGCAUCUUUUCAGCGAAGCGGAGAUUGAUAAAGGUGUUGCUUAUAGUUGCAUUUUCUCAGCAUGCCAAGGAUUUAUGUUAAUGAAUUUAGGCAUGUUUCGUAUGGUGGGUUUGGAUUUUAAAGAGUCUAAAGAUGAAGAGAAAUCUACGACUACGACUACCACUGCGACCCCCCCUCCUAGUUCACAGCAACAUGCUGGAAAGCAAUCAUCUGGUACUGAAAAUACCAUAAAUAUCAGUGAUGAAGCCCCAGCAAAUGAUGUAGUAGAGUUUAAUCACCGGAGGGAGGCUUCACAUGCUGAAAACUUUUCUUUGAUGGACGUAGACUUGAAUUCAUUAGCUGACAAUGAAGUCGAGGAUGACAGCUAUAAUUCAGAGAAACCUAGUGGGACUUUCUAUCCUCCAAUAUCUCUCGGUGCUUCUGCAGAAAGGUCGUUGCAGUCGAGUGCAACCGACCCCAAUGACGGGUUCAACCCCCUCCAUAAUAAUACAUCACGGAUACAUUCGGUUAUUUCCAUUGACUCUCAUGGAUAUGCAAGCAAUGUGUCACAUGGUAUUGAUGCCAAUAUUAGAAGAAGACGGCCAAGUAGUAAUGCUUCAAGUUCUAAAAUUCGUAACUCAAGAAAGCCGGCUCAGACAGUAAGAGAUGUUAUUGGCCAGUACAGUGCCGUUGAUAAAAUCCGUACCGGUGAGCUAGACUUGUCUAGACCAUUGACUUUAACUGAGGAUGUGGGUACUACCAAUGCGACAUUUGGUGGUUAUGGUAAAGAGAUGGAGGAGGAUGAGCUUGAACCUCCAAAUAUCCCUGGAGCAGAUCAAUAUGUCUGUCCUGCAUUGCAUCGUACAACUACAGUAAGAUCGACAAAAAAGUCAAACUUUAGACUAUUCAUUGACAAAUGCCAUUUAAAUUGGUUAGUUUAUAUACUUGUCAAUUUUAUCAGGCCUAGUUCAUUAGGUGCUUUAUUAGGUAUAAUAUGUUCAAUGAUACCUUGGUUACGAGGUAUAUUUGUUCACAACGAACUAAGCAUGCAUAUGGCACCUGAUGGUGAACCGGUUUUAAGCUGCUUCAUGGACUUCACUCAGUAUGUCGGUAAUUCUUGCAUUCCAUUGGGAUUACUACUACUUGGAAGUAUAUUAGGCAGACUACAGAUGAAAAAUAUACCAAAAGGAUUUAUAAGAGUUGUUGCAAUGAUGACUGCAUUCAGAUUGGUUGUUUUGCCAAUUAUUGGAAUUCUUUGGACUAAUGCGUUAUCUUCCAUGAAAUGGUUAGAAACCGAUAUUGGCAAAUUAGUGAUUAUUUUAACCUGGUCUAUGCCAAGCUCCACUUCACAAAUUUACUUCACCGCCUUUUAUACCCCAGCAGAUGGUGAUCAUCUACAAAUGGACUUGUUAUCUGUCUUCUUCUUAUCCCAGUACAUGUGCCUCUUUAUUUCCUUGGCGUUCGUGGUAACGUUCACAUUGAAGAUGCAAUUAAGCCUAUAG